AUGGUGAUCCAUGGGGAGGAGUAUGCAUUUGGGUGGGAAAUUGCUGGCAGUGGUGCACUCAGGCAAGGUCGCUAUAGGAUCACAUAUGUACCUCUUCCUCGGGGUCCGCAGCGGUGGGAACUAUUCGAUAUAAUCGAUGACCUGGGUGAAGUCAAAGAUCUGAGUGAGACGAUGCCCGAAGUGUUCAACGAGAUGCUCAGGUUGUGGAGUGUUUAUGCAGAGGAAGUCGGAGUAGUCGGGUUAGCGGGAGAUUGGAAGAACGAACACCUGAUUGAAGGGGUCAAGGACGAAUUUGAGGAUACAGGUCGCUGGGUCAGAUUCAUUGAGAAGAAGGAUGUGCCAGCUGAUAUUGCAGACAAAAUUCCCCGUUGA